UCAUCACUUCCCACUCUCUCCCCCCUCCUUUCCUUUGUCUCUCUCUACCUCUUCCACUUUCUCUCUCUACGCCACCGCGGACCGGUUGUCUCUCUCUAAUGGUCGUGAGGUAGUGAGCUCGUACAUGGAUUCCCUGUGGGUGGCGAUAGCGGCGCUGUUUGUGGUGGUGGCGAGGGGGGCGGCGGCGGCCGACGACGCGCAGCUGCUGGAGGAGUUCAGGCAGGCGGUGCCGAACCAGGCGGCACUCAAGGGGUGGAGCGGGGGAGACGGCGCGUGCAGGUUCCCGGGCGCCGGGUGCCGGAACGGGAGGCUCACGUCGCUGUCGCUCGCCGGGGUGCCGCUCAAUGCGGAGUUCCGAGCCGUCGCGGCCACCCUGCUGCAGCUCGCCAGCGUCGAGACGCUGAGCCUCCGUGGCGCGAACGUCAGCGGCGCGCUCUCGGUGGCGGCUGGCGCGAGGUGUGGGAGCAGGCUGCAGGCGCUCGAUUUGUCCGGGAAUGCUGCGCUCCGGGGCUCCGUCGCCGACGUGGCGGCCCUGGCCGGCGCCUGCGGCGGCCUGAAGACGUUGAAUCUUUCCGGCGAUGCGGUUGGUGCGGCGAAGGUCGGUGGCGGUGGCGGUCCGGGCUUUGCUGGGCUGGACUCGCUUGAUUUGUCCAACAACAAGAUCACCGAGGAAAGCGACCUCCGGUGGAUGGUGGAUGCCGGAGUCGGGGCAGUCCGGUGGUUGGACCUUGCCUUGAACAGGAUCUCCAGCCUCCCGGAGUUCACCAACUGCUCCGGGCUGCAGUACCUUGACCUCUCCGGCAACCUCAUCGUCGGUGAGGUGCCCGGCGGAGUACUUUCCGACUGCCGCGGUCUGAAAGUGCUCAACCUCUCCUUCAACCACCUCGCCGGCGAGUUCCCCGCGGACAUCGCAAGCCUCACCUCGCUCAACGCCCUCAACCUCUCCAAUAACAACUUCUCCGGCGAGCUCCCCAGCGAGGUUUUCGCUAAGCUGCAGCUGCUUACGGCGCUCUCGCUCUCCUUCAACCACUUCAACGGCUCCAUCCCGGACUCCGUGGCUGGGCUGCCAGAGCUCCAGCAGCUCGACCUCAGCUCCAACACCUUCUCCGGCACCAUCCCGUCGUCCCUCUGCCAAGAUCCCAACUCCAAGCUCCAUCUGCUGUACCUUCAGAACAACUACCUCGCCGGCGGCAUCCCAGAUGCCAUCUCCAACUGCACCAGCCUCGUCUCCCUCGACCUCAGCCUCAACUACAUCAAUGGGUCCAUCCCCGCAUCCCUCGGCGACCUUGUCAACCUGCAGGACCUCAUCCUGUGGCAGAACGAGCUGGAGGGCGCGAUACCGGCGUCCCUGUCGCGCAUUCAAGGCCUCGAGCAUCUCAUCCUCGACUACAACGGGCUCAGCGGUAGCAUCCCGCCGGAACUGGAGAAGUGUACGAAGCUGAACUGGAUUUCCUUGGCGAGCAACCGUCUGUCCGGUCCAAUCCCUUCAUGGUUUGGGAGGCUCAGCUAUUUGUCUAUCUUGAAGCUCAGCAACAAUUCCUUCUCAGGGCCUAUACCGCCGGAGCUCGGUGACUGCCAGAGCUUGGUCUGGCUGGACCUGAAUAGCAACCUGCUCAAUGGGUCAAUACCCAAAGAGUUGGCGAAGCAGUCUGGGAAGAUGAAUGUUGGCCUUGUUGUUGGACGGCCGUACGUUUAUCUUCGAAAUGACGAGCUGAGCAGUGAGUGCCGUGGCAAGGGGAGCUUGCUGGAGUUUACCAGCAUCCGACCUGAUGACCUCGGUCGGAUGCCGAGCAAGAAGCUGUGCAACUUCACAAGGAUGUAUGUGGGGAGCACGGAGUAUACCUUCAACAAGAAUGGUUCGAUGAUAUUUCUUGAUUUGUCAUAUAAUCAGCUAGACUCAGAGAUUCCCAGCGAACUGGGGGACAUGUUCUACCUCAUGAUCAUGAAUCUUGGGCACAACCUAUUGUCUGGCAUCAUCCCACCGGCGCUAGCAGGGGCAAAGAAACUUGCUGUGCUUGACCUGUCGUACAACCAGUUGGAAGGGCCAAUACCCAACUCUUUCUCAACACUUUCCUUGUCGGAGAUCAAUUUGUCAAAUAAUCGGCUGAAUGGAACAAUUCCAGAGCUGGGUUCCCUUGCCACAUUCCCAAAGAGCCAGUAUGAGAAUAACACUGGUCUAUGCGGCUUCCCAUUGCCACAGUGUGACCAUACUUUCCCAAAAUCUUCAGACGACCACCAAUCCCACCGGAGGCAGGCAUCGAUGGCAAGCAGUAUUGCAAUGGGACUGUUAUUUGCACUGUUCUGUGUAAUUGUGGUCAUCAUAGCCAUUGGGAGCAAGAGGCGGAGGCAGAAGAACGAGGAGGCAAGCACCUCCCGUGAUAUAUAUAUUGAUAGCCGGUCACAUUCUGCAACCAUAAACUCUGAUUGGAGGCACAAUCUCUCUGGUACAAAUGCUCUUAGCAUCAACCUCGCGGCAUUCGAGAAGCCACUACAGAAUCUCACCCUGGCUGAUCUUGUUGAGGCCACAAAUGGCUUUCACAUUGCUUGCCAAAUUGGGUCUGGUGGGUUUGGAGAUGUCUACAAGGCACAGCUCAAAGAUGGGAAGAUUGUUGCAAUCAAGAAGCUAAUACAUGUAAGUGGGCAGGGUGACCGGGAGUUCACUGCAGAAAUGGAGACCAUUGGCAAGAUCAAACACCGCAACCUUGUUCCGCUCCUUGGCUAUUGCAAGGCUGGUGAGGAGCGGUUGUUGGUGUAUGAUUACAUGAAGUUUGGCAGCUUGGAGGAUGUAUUGCAUGACCGUAAAAAGAUUGGCAAGAAGCUGAAUUGGGAGGCAAGACGGAAAAUCGCUGUUGGAGCUGCAAGGGGUUUGGCAUUCCUCCACCACAGUUGCAUUCCCCACAUCAUUCACCGAGACAUGAAGUCGAGCAAUGUGCUUAUCGAUGAGCAUUUGGAAGCAAGGGUUUCUGAUUUCGGUAUGGCUAGGCUGAUGAGCGUGGUGGAUACACACCUUAGCGUGUCCACUCUUGCCGGAACGCCGGGGUAUGUGCCACCGGAGUACUACCAGAGCUUCAGAUGCACUACCAAGGGUGAUGUUUAUAGCUACGGUGUUGUGUUGCUGGAGCUGCUCACCGGGAAACCGCCGACGGACUCGGCGGACUUCGGGGAGGACAAUAAUCUUGUGGGAUGGGUCAAGCAGCACACCAAGUUGAAGAUCACCGAUGUAUUCGACCCUGAGCUACUGAAGGAGGAUCCGCCCAUUGAGCUUGAGCUGCUGGAGCAUUUGAAAAUCGCCUGUGCGUGUUUGGAUGACCGGCCGUCGAGGCGGCCGACGAUGCUGAAGGUGAUGGCAAUGUUCAAGGAGAUCCAAGCCGGGGCGACGGUUGACUCAAAGACCUCGUCGGUAGCGACGGGCUCGAUCGAUGAGGGAGGCUAUGGCGUCCUGGACAUGCCCCUCAGGGAAGCCAAGGAGGAGAAGGAUUAGAACCACCACCACCGACACACAGGAGAAACAGCCGGCGGUGAGUGCCACCAACGAGGCCAGUCGGCGGCGAAAUGCCAGUAGAAACAGUCAUUCAGAUGGAUGCCAUUUUGAACUCUCCACACACAAGCUUAGCGUUCGCUUCUGAUGGGUACAAGAUAAGAAUUUUCCAGCUGUAGCUUGAUUAGUCGAAGUUGUUGUGUACCUAUAGGAGUAGAUCUUUUCUUCUUUCUUUUUUCGCAGCUUUCUCCGUGACCCUGUUUGUUUUCCCAUCGCAAUGCAGCAAGAGCUGUGUAUGUACAUAUAUAAAUGUUGAUUUUUUCUUUGGCGCAAAUCAAAAUCCGCCUAGGUUGCUUCUUGUCA